AUGAAGCUAACGAAGAGCUGAGGCAAACUAAUUUCGCAACAGGGGAUCCAAUCACAACUGAAAUGCAGGUCAAGUUCCCAUUCUAUUCCGUCCAUUUAAUAGUUGGGGUGUUUAGAUUGAAUUGUAACGCUCAACUACUUGUUCCACCGGGAAGUUUCCUAUUUUCAUUACGAAAUGGCAUGCUGCUGAUCAUUAGCGAAUGCUUGCAGUGGGCAGGUAGCUAGAAUUGUUUGCUGUUAACCAUAUGAUGUGUCUACUGAUGCGACAUGUCGCCGUCAACUUCCGAUACGAUCGUUCACUCCGUCACGUGUACGUAUCUCGCUCGCGCGGCUGCCACAAUCGCCGGCGGGAAACAGAAUGUGCUUAUCGUUUGUGUGUUUGUGUCUACCUAUGUACGGUUCAGUCCAUUCCAAUCGUACCAGACACCGGAACACGCUACGCUGUUUGAAAUUUUGAAAACACACAACAAAAAAAGACAACGUUACGGUCCCGGGUCCGCGAUUCAUCUGCGAAGCUGCACGAUUGGCGCUUUUACACUGAAAGCCCAUAAAACUACCUUAAUCUGUAGUCCAAAAAACCGAUUCCCCACUAUGGCUAAGGGAAAGGUAAAUUUCGCCAAAUCUUAACCAGACCAACCAAAGCAGCCGAAAAAGAGCCGGGAAGAAAGUGCGUCCGGAGGAAACUCCGGUCGCCGAAAUGUCGCUCUGUGGCGAAAGCGAAACAUUGGGUGAUUUUUUUUUUGUUGCGAUAUGAUUGUAAAGUUGCGACUCGAAAUACAAACAGUUCCGCACGACAAGUUGAAGCGGUGUGUUGUGAUUUCAGUAGGGUGCACUUUCUGGUGCCUAACAGUGGUGUACUACCGAACGUUUUGGGCGAUAACAUUACUAAGUCGUCCAACGAAGUGCAAUUAUAAAUGCAACUACGAUUUGCUGUAUUCCUGAAGCUUGGCGAACGCACGAGAAAAGGUCCCGUCAACCAACAAAAAACGGUGGGUGCAUUUUUAAAAUACAAAGCAAAUCAUUCUGCAUCAGCAACAAGUACGCCCUCCUGCUGGUAGUACACUACCGACCGCAUAAAACGCAUCGCAUCGUAGCGUGACUACACCAGUCGGUGAUACGACGUUCCGGCUAGAGUACUAAAACGUUGGUGAACUUUUUAUAAGUUGUCGAAAAUGGUUCAAAGUGACUGGUGCUGCCCAAUGCUUACCCUGGUGGUAUUGAUUGGUGCGUACGUUCUUCACGGAGAAGCCGGUGACAGUGACCUAAAUGAGGUACGCAUUGGAUUCGGUACAUCGUUCAGUGCACGGCGCGAUGUACGGUUUCAUCUCUACACAACGCUGAACCGGGCGGACGCUCAUGUAUUCUCGAUCGACACGGUGGACACGUUGAUGCGUUCGUUCUACAAUUCUAGCCAUCCCGUCAGAAUAAUUAUUCACGGAUGGUUUAACAAUGCUACCUCGUUGGUGAUACAGGGGAUAAAGGAUGCGUACCUAGAUGCCGACAGUUACAACGUGAUCGGUGUCGAUUGGGGUGUUGGUGCCAGUGAAUCCUAUUUCCGUGCCGCCCAGUAUACGAUCGCGGUUGGUUUGGUGGUAGCGGAUCUGGUCAAUCAGCUCGUACGCUCGAACAUGACCGACAUAGGAAGACUUUACCUGGUCGGUCACAGUCUGGGUGCGCACAUCGCAGGUAAUGCGGGUCACUCGCUCAAAACGCAACAGCUCGCGGUGAUCUAUGGGCUCGAUCCUGCGUCGAUCAAUUUCUUCCAGGAUGAGCCAGACUCGCGCCUCAGCCCAGAUGAUGCUGCGUACGUGGAAGUUAUUCAUACCAACACACAGUUUUCCGGAUACCCAGCCCCACUCGGACAUGUGGAUUUCUACAUGAACUAUGGCCGAAAGCAACCGGGUUGUAAAACCGACGUCUGUAGCCAUGGACGCUCAACGGAGUACUUCAUCGAAUCGUUAACGAACGCAACCAAAGGGUUCUGGGGUGUUCGGUGUACCGAUUACAAUGAGAUCCGUCAGCGGACGUGCUACAACAUCAAGCAGCAAACACUGAUGGGAGGUGAAUUUUGGCAGAAAAACAUUACCGCUGGAGUGUACACGGUCGAAACGUUGGCUGAAUCACCGUAUGCGAUGGGUUACGUUCACUGAGUUAACGGGUAGGAAAUGGCUCAGUUUAAUCAAUCUUAUGUCACCUUAAGGUACAGUGAUGAGAAGGCAAAAAAUAAAUAACAACAAUAGAGUUGUGGAGGCCCAAAAAUAAAGCACAUAGAAUGAUAAUGCAGUAA